AUGUCGGCAAAAGAGCCUGGGCUUGCCGCAGCCUCUUGCUACAGUGAAGAUGAAAAUGACAAAGACGAGGAGGUGACUGAAGCCCAAGAGCAAAAGUCACAGAGGAGUUCCAGUGAUGAGUCUGAUGAGUCUGAACCCGAGCUCUCUUUGGCUUCCAGGGUGCGCAGGAAGGUUUCUUUCGCUGAUGCCUUUGGUCUGGACUUGGUGUCUGUUAAAGAGUUUGACAGCCGAGUUGGGACAGGGUCUGAGGGUUUGGAGCAGCUGCUUGGAAGAGAGACUAUAGAAGGAGAGGAGUUCUACCUUUUGUGCAUCUUUAAUAUCCCAGCCUCAGAUGAGGAGCUGCAUUUUCAUCUUCAUCGAAACAAACUUGAACUCGAGAGCAUCGAGCUCCUGCCUGGCUCCACGACCAUCCGAGGCAUCAUCCGUGUUCUUAAUCUAUCCUACCACAAGACCAUCUAUGUGCAUACUACUUUUGAUAGCUGGCAAAGCAGUUUUGACAUUCUAGCAGAGUUCGUUCCUGGUUCAAGUGAUGGGGAGACAGAUCGCUUUUCUUUCCAACUCAACCUAGAGCCUCCCUUUGGGGCCGCUGGGGUGCGGGUAGAGUUCUGCCUCUGCUAUGAGUCCUCUGUUGGAACCUUCUGGGCCAGCAAUGGGGGCAUGAACUAUGUGUUGUUCUGCCACCAGAGAGAAGGAAGAGCGCUGAAAGGGAAAAGUGAAGCUAAAGAAAAGGAGACGGAGGAAAACAAUUACAAGGGGAAAAAGAGCUGCUUGAAAGCUGUUAGAAAGAGUUCUACUGAGGGAAAGUCCACAGUCGAGAGCAGUGAUCUCUCAGAACCAGAGUCGCUCAAGUCUGAAGAAAGUGAGAAAGAAAAAGCUCAGCACAAAACAAAAAGCCCAGCAAGAUGUUCCCAAGAGGAGAGCGGCAAACUUUUGGCUGCAAGACGCAGCAGACGGCGGGCAACUCGAUUGUCAUGCAUGCAAGAUUACUUUUCACAUAGGGAGUCUGAAUCCCAGCUGGAUCAUCUUAAGGACAGGAAGAGAAUCAAAGACGGUUUAAAGGUGGUGCUCCCUGCACCAGAGCAUAUUCAAGUAAUGAUUCAGGACACAUCCCCAAUUUUAGAUGACCACCAGAUCCACCUGCUCUCUCUGGACUGGGGCAAAUGCACACCUUUCUCUCAAACACAUGAUCCAAAGGUCAGCAAUGGUACAAGGCCCAGUGUUGCUGAGCAACAAACAAAGGAUGAGUCAACAGAGUCAUCUGACGAUGCCUGGGAAGCUUUUCUUAAAGGGUCAGAUAGUUCAGACAACCACGCCAACUGUUCGGAUAAAGAGUGUUUAACCUGCAUUGCAAAAUCAAAUGUUUUACAACCAUUAAAUACUAAAUAUGACACGUUGAAUUCAUUGUCAGAAUGGAGUGCAACUGAAGAUACCAAGGAAUUUCCUCUAGCCGGGGGAACUGGGUCACCCCAGUGUAUAAGAUUAGAUGUAACUCUAGACUCUAAUCCUGCUGAACUGUUGCAAGUUUUCAACCCCAAUCAUGUCACAGAGGUGUUGGGUUAUGAGUAUACCAAAAGGACAGGACACAUCUUUGUAACAGACACCCUUCAGGAAUCAGAGUUGCCCAGAAUCCAAUGGAGGGCAGAGGAGCCUUGUGUCAGCAAAGCGUCACAUGAUGGACACACUUCUGGUAUAAUGUCUUUUAGAGAAGACGGGUCACUGCCAUUAGCAAACCCAGGGGAGACGGCCCGAACGUCAGUGCCAGCAAAUUCACAUGCAGGAGAUGAAGUCUUGCUGGAAAAAUGUGCAACCAGCCCAGGCACUGAGGAGGAGGUGAACGGAGACACGAGUCAAGUAGUUAGAGACCCUCUGAUAUUUAAAGGGAUCAGGGACAAGCCAUUGACAAACAGACCCAAUGAGAAAGAAGGGUCAUUUGAAGAACAGCAUGCAGAUAAAGGAAAAGAAAUGGUAAGGACGGAAGAGCAUAUUGAAGACAAAUAUAAAAAAACAACUCAAACAAAAAUAAAGAUGUCUUGGAGGGAAUAUCCUGAAGAUGCUGCAGUGGUACUAGAAGGCAGAAGGCCAGAAGAGAAUGAGGAAUUCACCCAAUUGAAAGAAGGGAAUUCAGAAAUAUGGACUUUGACAGGUGCAAGUGUGAUGUGUGAUAAAGAGGAAUCACCCACGUGGACUGAAAUCUGUAAAAGUGGGGCUGUAGAGGCACAAGCUGAAGAUGAUGCUGUGUUUGAUGAGCCCUUGCAAGGGGGACCUUUUGAACUGAGUAUGAGCCAGAAACAGGAGAUCAUUGGAUCUGUAGCUUUAGAUGAAAAUACAUUUGAUAGAAAAUGUGAAAAUGACCUUAAAACAAAAGUGGAGGGUCAGCAAGCUGAAAGUAUCUGUGAAAAGGAUAGUGAGGCAGACAUGGAAUCACACCAACCUCAACGUUCUUCUGAUACCUACCAACAUACACGCUUACUCAUGCUUUCUGUGACUAGCCAGACCAGUAAACCAUUUGGGCACUUUAGUUGGACAGAGUCUGUGACUGAGGGUGAGAAUAUGUUCUUUCCUGCCCUUUAUAAGGGCUUUGACGUUGAGAAGACCUUCAGGCAGAGGGCAACUCAGGAGUCGCAGGAUCAGCUUGUGGGAGCUAAGUCUCCUGUUGAAUCCUCCAGGCCGACUACACUCUCAGUGGGCUCAAUGUUGAACUGGUUACUCUUGUGGUGGGUUAAAUUUUGCUCAUUUAGCCAUAUCUCUGGAGCCCUGCGGUAUACAGUUCUGGUUAUAAUUUUUAUAGCUACUUAUUUGCAUGACCUGCCAGUUUGCCUGGCCAUCUAUGUGUUGUCUGUGUGCUGGUGGUGCAGGCAAAGCCUAAAAAAGCGAGCAAGCACAGCUGACAGUGUGGAUUAACAUCAACAAUAAAAUAAUUAAAGCAUCUUAAGGGCCCAACAUUAGGAAACAAUGAGUUUUACAGUGUUUUUUCUUUUCUUUUGAUGCAUGUUUAUGAAUAAAAUAAUUGUCAGCUUCUUUUAAAUUGCAAGAUUACAAUAAUACUAAAACAGUGACAUAAAUAGACAUAACAGGACACUUUGUAAGACAAAACAAAAUGUAUAUAAUUGUGGUCAACAUUGGUGGUGCCCCUGAAUAUUAAUAUACCAUGUAAAAUCAAUAGGGUACAUGUCUGUUUCCAAAGAUCUUGGCAUCCUGGCUUUAACAGUUUGAAAUUUUAUCAAGACAUUUACUUCUCAUGGAACAAUCCAGAACUUUUCAGGAUGAGGUGGAAAACAAAAUUAAUACAACCCUAUAAAGGUGGAUUAAAAUGUGGCAAAGAAACCACAUUCCAGGCUGAGACAUCUGGAGUGAUGGCCUCAACUCGUACCAUGAGCCACACACUGAACAAAAACAGGGCUCUAUGGGCAAAAGUCAAAGUGGACCCCACUGUUUAAAGAACGGCAUAAAAAGUGACCUUCGCCAAAACUUACACAGACAAUCCUUCUGAGAAAUGUUCCAUGAACAAAUGUAACCAAACUAGACCUCGCUGACAAUGCAUACCCGUGUGUUAUGUCUAAAGACUUUGAAAUGAAGGCCUAUAAAAAGGUCACCAUACCUACAGUGAAACAUGUUGAAGGAUCCAUAAUGUUGUGGGGCUGCUUGGCAGCCUCUGAGACAGGAAGCCACGUUACAGAAACAAUGAAAUCAGAGGAUUAUCAGAGAUUUUAGAAAGAAAUGUGCUCUCAAGUGUAAGAAAACUAAAUUAGGUUAAACAAAAUGGGUCCAAACCACAUCCAAAAGUACACAAGAAUGGUUGAGAAGGUAAAAAUGCACUGAUUAAAACUGGCAAGCAAUGAUUCCUGAUCUCAAUUCAAUUGACAAUCUUUGGAUUUGAAGCUGUAAAAACAUUUGGGGGUUGUCAACCAAGUAUUAGGAAAGGAUGUCUUUAAUUUUGUCCAUAUCGUUUGCAUGCAAGUGAACUUUUUGUUGAAUGUAUUUGGACAUGCUAUUAAAUAUUUUAAUGAUAUAAAAUUGUUACACAUCCACUUAUUUCUGAAGAUACUGGCUUUUAUGCAAAACAAUCAAGGCAGCCAGUGAUGUUGACCACAACUGUAUACACACAGUGCUGUGACAUUAUUUGCCCCCUCCCAUUGUUUUCUGUUUUUGCAUAUAUGUUGUAUUUGUUCAUAUCAUCAAACUACCUUUAAUAUUUUAUUAUAUUAAAUAAUAAACUCAAUAUGUUUGUUUUUUUCUUCAAAAAUGAUGAUAUUGAAGGAAAAAUACAGUAUCUGGCCCUAUGUGAAAAAGUAAUUGCCCCCUUAGGUACUAAUUCAAUUGGGUUCAAUUUUAUUAGCAACCACCGGGCAUACUGUCAUACUGCCAGGCUGACCUUUCACCAAGAAUGUAUUGAUGACUCAUCCAAAAACACAGACGAACGUCUAAAGAAUUGCAUGCCCUCACUUGUCUCAGUUCAUGUCAAUGUAUUUGCAGAAUCCAGAUGACUUGUCAUAAUUGAUGGAACUAUGAAUUCUGCUUUCUAUCAAAAAAUUAAAGGAGAAUGUCUACCCAUUAGUUUGUGACCUAAAGCUCAUGUAAAGUUGGAUAAUGAUCUAAAGCACACAAAUCAGGGCGGCACGGUAGCUCGGUGGGUAGCACUGACGCCUCACAGCAAGAAGGUCCGGGGUUCGAUUAGAGUUUGCAUGUUCUCCCCGUGUCUGCGUGGGUUUCCUUCGGGAGCUCUGGUUUCCUUCCAAAAUCCAAAAACAUGCAGUCAGGAUAAUUGGAGACACUGAAUUGCCCUAUACGUAGAUGUGUGUAUGUGUGUGUGCCCUGCGAUGGACUGGCGCCCCGUCCAGGGUGUUACUGUGUGCCUUCCGCCCAUUGAAAAGCUGGGACAGGCUCCAGCAUCCCUCCACGACCCUAAUUGGAUAAGCAGUUAAGAAAGUGAGUGAGUGAGAGCGUGAGUGAGCACACAAGUCUACUUCAAAGAAAUUAGCGUUAUGGAGUGACCAAGUUAAAGCCCUGACUUCAAUCUCAUUGAGAUGCUGGUACAAGACCUUAACCAGGCAGUCCAUGCUUGAAAACUCUCCAGUGUAGCCAAAUAUAAAGAAUUCUGCAAACAAGAUUGGAUAAAAAAUCCUUCACAUUGAUGUAAAAGACUUAUUACAAGUUAUUGCAGUUGUUACUGAUAACAGUUGGCACAACCAGUUAUUAGGUUUAGGUAAGGCAGUUACUUUUUCACAUUAAUGAUAUAUGUUGUGAACAAAUCUUUAUUGUCAAUAAAUUGAAUGAUUAUUUCAA